GGUCACGUGCCUGUCAAACCUCUGCGCAGCUGAUCAGCGCAGUGGAGGAAGUAUGAAGCUAACUGCCUCCGCCUAGAUUAACAGCUCAUAUGAAACAUGUACGUUGUAAACUAGCGUAUGUAAUGUGGAACAUUGUAAGACCUUUAUUGUGGAGAGUUUUAAUUUAAUUUCAAAUAAUAUGAAGCAAUGUUUACGAGUUAUAGACGCCGCUUGCUAACUUCGGGCUAGCAUGCUAGCAGUGUAGCUAGCUGUUGUUUUGAUCUCGGAAAUUUCUUUUCAAGACAAACUGCGCAGCAUUGUACUGUUGUUGGAUAUCUGCGCUCGUCAAAAAUGAUUUCCUUUAGAUCCUUUUUAAGAUUCCAUUGUGAUUGAACUAAUGGAUACCUAAAGAAACAAUCCAAGUGGGAGUCUUGAGCGACCAGUCUGCUGUUAGCUCAAAGGAAUACACAAAGUGAUUUGGACAGUAUUUAUGAUAUUCAAAAUGCAUGACGCCUACGAAUCAGUGCCAUUGCUGGAAAAGUUGCCUCUCCAAAUCGACUGUCUCACGGCCUGGGAGGACUGGCUGCUUGUAGGAACAAAACCUGGACACCUCCUAUUAUACAGAAUAAAGAAGGACAUUGCAACAAACCGAUUUGAAGUGACCUUGGUAAAAUCUAAUAAGAAUUUUUCGAAGAAGAUACAGCAGCUGUAUGUUGUCUCACAAUACAAAAUCCUGGUCAGUCUUCUAGAAAACAACAUCCACGUCCAUGACUUGCUGACCUUUCAACAAAUCACUGUAGUGUCCAAAGCGAGAGGAGCCACGUUGUUCGCAUGUGACCUUGAGCAAACCAGUACGGGGGAGGAGAGGCUUAGAAUGUGUGUAGCAGUUAAAAAGAAGUUACAACUUUAUUAUUGGAAAGACAGAGAGUUUCUUGAGCUUCAGGGGGAUUUUGCUGCUCCUGAUAUUCCUAAAUCCAUGGCCUGGUGUGGCAACUCAAUUUGUGUUGGCUUUAAAAGAGACUAUUAUUUAAUUGGGAUGGAGGGUGGUGUCGUUAAAGAUCUCUUCCCCACUGGAAAGCAGUUGGAGCCUCUGGUCGCCCCGUUGGCUGAUGGGAAAGUGGCAGUCGGACAGGAUGACCUCACUGUGGUUCUCAAUGAAGAGGGUGCUUUUACUCAGAAGUGUGCCCUCAAGUGGACAGACAUCCCUAUAGCAAUGGAGCACCAGCCCCCAUACAUCAUCGCAGUCCUGCCUCGUUGUGUGGAGAUCAGGACCUUUGAGCCCAGACUGUUGGUACAGAGUGUGGAGCUACAGAGGCCACGCUUUAUCACUUCUGCAGGUCCAAAUAUUGUGUACGUUGCCAGUAACCAUUUCGUGUGGCGCCUUGUUCCUGUGUCUAUAGCCAGUCAGAUCCGACAGCUCCUUCAGGAUAAACAGUUUGAGUUGGCUCUUCAGCUCGCGAAGAUGAAGGAUGAUUCAGACGGAGAUAAGAAGCAGCAGAUACAUCACAUCCAGAAUCUUUACGCUUUUAACUUGUUUUGUCAGAAGAGGUUUGAUGACUCCAUGCAGGUGUUUGCAAAGCUUGGCACAGACCCCACUCAUGUGAUAGGCCUGUACCCAGACCUACUCCCUGCAGACUACCGAAAACAGCUGCACUACCCCAACCCCCUGCCCACUCUGUCUGGAGCUGAGCUGGAGAAGGCUCACCUGGCCCUCAUCGAGUACCUCAUACAGAAACGUAGCCACUUGGUCAAACAGUUGAAUGAUGCUGAUCCCUUCACCACCUCUCCGCUGAUGGAGGGCACACCGACCAUCAGAAGUCGUAAAAAACUGCUCCAGAUCAUAGACACGACUCUUCUAAAGUGUUACCUGCAUACUAAUGUAGCGCUUGUGUCCCCACUGUUACGUUUGGAGAAUAACCACUGUCACAUCGAGGUGAGUGAGGACGUCCUGAAGAAGGCCCAUAAAUACAGCGAAUUGAUCAUCCUCUAUGAGAAGAAGGGGCUGCACCAGAAAGCUCUGCAGGUGCUGCUGGACCAGUCCACAAAAGCCAACUCUCCACUGAAGGGACAUGAGCGCACAGUGCAGUAUCUACAGAGACUGGGAGUUGAGAACCUGGGCAUCAUCUUUGAGUUUUCCCCCUGGGUGCUGAAGAUCUGCCCAGAGGAUGGCCUCAAGAUUUUCACUGAGGACCUGACGGAGGUGGAGUCUUUGCCCAGAGAUAAAGUGCUCAACUUCCUGAAAGAGGGCUUUAAGGAGCUGGCCAUACCAUAUUUGGAGCACAUCAUCUCAGUUUGGGACGAGAAGGGCCCCGAGUUUCACAAUGUCCUGAUCCAACUGUAUUUAGAGAGGGUGCAGAGCCUCAUGAAAGCCUUCCUCAACUCAUUGCCCGAAGGAGUCCCGGCUGUGGCAGCAGGUAAAGAACCCGGGACAUUGGGAGAGUUCAGACACAAACUCUUGUCCUUCUUGGAAGAGUCCAACAGCUAUGAACCAGAGAGGCUCAUCAGUAACUUUCCCUUCGAUGGCCUGUUGGAGGAGCGGGCGCUGCUGUUGGGACGGAUGGGUAAACACGAACAAGCCCUUUUCAUCUAUGUGCACAUCCUGAAGGACACACGCAUGGCCGAGGAAUACUGUCGGAGGCAUUAUGACAGCUCAGUCGAGGGAAAUAAAGAUGUGUAUCUGUCCCUGCUGAGGAUGUAUCUGUCUCCUCCAGACGUCCACUGUCUGGGGCCCAUAAAGAUGGAGGUGUGUGAACCUCAGGCCAAUCUGCAGGCUGCACUGCAGGUCUUGGAGCUCCACCACAGCAAGCUCAACACCACUAAGGCCAUUAACCUGCUCCCAGCCAACACUCAGAUCCGUGAGAUCCGAGUGUUCCUGGAGAGUGUCCUGGAGGAGAAGGCCCAGAGGAAGCGCUGUAACCAGGUCCUCAAGAGUCUGCUCCAAGCUGAGUUCCUUCGGGUUCAGGAAGAGCGUAUUUAUCACCAGCAGGUAAAAUGUGUCAUCACCGAGGAGAAGACUUGCCGCGUCUGCAAGAAGAAAAUCGGGAACAGUGCUUUUGCCCGUUAUCCCAAUGGAGUCGUGGUGCACUACUUCUGCUGCAAAGACCGAAACACCUGCCCCACAGACCAGUAGCUAUCCACUUCCUAUUCAGAGUAACUGGAUCCUGUGUACCCCAGUGGAACAGGCUAAAACAGGGACAAGACCUAAACAUAUCGUUACCAGAUUGACUUAGUGUGGCUUCAAAAUGCACCAGAUCUGUGUGCCUGGAAACUAGAAGGAAUUUCUCAGGCACAUUGCACAAAGAAAAAGAAAAAAAACAUUGGCAUUCGAAAGGCAUGUGUCAGUGUAACGCUAGCAGGAUUCUCCGGACUUAAUGUGGGAGCUAGAGACGAGACAGGAGCGAAAUGCCAAAUGGACCAAGCCUGGAGGUAACAGCAAAAACUCAUAGUGCAAAACUAUUUUUUCUUCACUCCUGUUUCCUAUGCCAUAGACUCUCUAGGAUAAAUGUUAAAUGCCUUUCUGAACAAUCAAAUUCAAUGAAAUGUUGACUCUACAUCAGUUUAUCAUGUCAUCCUUAUCCAUCUAAAUAUUCCAGGUUAAGCGAACAUACAUGUUUUAAAUUGAUUAACCUUAAAAACUAAAUUAUUUGCUUUGGAUUAACGCAAAAUAAUUACAUGGAGAAAGGUGGCAUGAUAUAUGUAUUUAGGAUCAGCGUUACAUUUUUGGAGUGAAGAUUGUUCUUGAUUUUAACUGUUCGGUUGCAGCAUACAUGAUUUGGGUUUGUGAAAUUUGGGAGUCCAUAGACAGAAGAAAAUCUACACUAAUAUACUAGUGUUUAUUGGCAGCAUAUCACUAGAUAACAGCUCUCUGUAACCUUUAGGUAAUAUUACGUAAUACUCAGAUCAGGUUUAGAAGGGUAAAUAUUUCUACAUUGGGUAAUUAAAUACAUACAUUUUCGGUGACAUUAUUUUUUUAAAUGUAAGUAGUAAAAGGCUGUUUACAGAAUAUCUCUACAAUAUAAAGUUUGGACAGUCCUUACUUUCUUAAUUUUCACUGAGAUUUUUAGUAAAUGGGAUUUGAAUUAAUUUUGCAACAUCCAUAAUACAUAAGAUUGGUUAAACCUUUCACCAACUUUAUCUGACACUUAAUUCCUAAAAACAAAUGUUAUAGGGAUCGUAAGAGGAGCUGACUGCCUAUGGAUGACCUAUGAACAACCAUGUUACAUUAACCUUAGUGUUUUAUUAUUUUUUUUGUCUAUCUGCCUUCUCUUUUACAUAACUACACAAUAUGAAGUCCAUGUUACAGCACUUUAACAGUGGGAGAAUGCCUUUUAAUUUAUUGUUAAUAAAUACUGUAUAAUCUGUAGGGGUGGUGUAAUAUUGAGACAUUAAUGCUAAAAUCAAAUAUUGGUUUACAGUCAGUGAAAGAAGUAAGUCUUAUAAAGCAACUGUUGUGAAUAUUUCUUGACUAAUUUAAUGCAGACAUUGAAGAGUGUAAGAUUAGAGGGGCGUUGAAAAGUAAUGGCCUUAUUAAUGUGUUCUUUUUCAGAUUUCAAGUAGCAUUAACUGUGUUUCCUGCUUCAAACACAACACUUUGCACUCACUGCUACGACUGUUUCAGAUAUUUUUAGUAUCAAUACAAUGGUGAACUGUAACACGAGAGGUACUGGCUUUAAUCAUUAUUAAUAAAUACAUUUAAACUAUA